CCUACAAAAAAGUAUUGAUUAAAAUAAAUUUAAGAUUAUUCUUUAUAAAUCUAGCCUGCAGGUUAAUUUUUUAUGUUUUACUAGUUUUAGUGUCUAUAAUUAGAAACUCCAUAGAACAACAACUUUGAGUAAGUACUCACUCUGUAUUUCAUUAAUGAUCUUCUUUUCAUCAUGGCAGAAGGGUAUGUUGUUCUUACACCAGAACAAAGAUUUACAAACCAAUUAAUUGAAAAUUCUGAUUCUAAUCAGAAAAGUAUUAUAUGGAACAGAGAAAAAUAUGAAACUAUUUUGAACAAAAUUAAGAUUGGAUUAAAAGGACAUUCGUCGGAUUAUUAUCAUAUGCAAAGAUUUGAUGUGUUACACUGUGGUGAUGUAGAAAAAUUGAUUAAAAAGCGACAGUCAUUGACAGAUCCUAUCCUAUAUAAUGCAUAUGCAGAGGAAAUAUACAGCAUUAUAAUGAGAGCACAUUUGAACACUGGACAUGGUGGAAGAGAUAAAAUGUUAAAAGAGGUCAACAAGAAGUACGCGAAUGUGACAAGGCAUGCUCUGAAUUUGUUUAAAGAAAUGUGCGAAGAAUGUCAACUAAAAAAAAGGAAAAUUGCCAGUAAAGGUCUAGUUAUUAAGCCGUUGAUAAGUAAGGACUUCAACAGUAGAGCUCAGGUUGAUCUAGUAGACAUGCAGUCUAUGAGAGAUGGUGAUUUCAGAUUUAUCAUGCAUUAUCAAGAUCAUCUGACCAAGUUUGCUAUAUUGCGAGCACUUACAUCAAAGCACGCCUCAGAAGUCGCCUAUCAGCUACUGGAUAUAUUUUUACUUUUUGGUGCCCCACAUAUCCUGCAGUCGGAUAACGGACGUGAAUUUACGGCCAAUAUUAUCAAAGAACUGAAAGACAUGUGGACAGAUUGUACAAUAGUCCAUGGAAAACCUCGACAUCCUCAAUCACAAGGAAGUGUCGAAAGAGGAAAUGCAGAUAUCAAAGACAUGCUGGUUAUCUGGAUGAGAGAGAACAACAGUAAAAAGUGGAAUAUAGGGUUGAAAUUUGUUCAGUUUGAAAAAAAUAACAGUCAUCAUUCUGGUAUUAACAGAUCACCAUACAAGGCAAUGUUUGGCUGUGAUGCUAAGAUAGGACUAUCAUCAUCAUCACUACCUCAAGAGAUUCUUGGUUCUUUACAGACCGAGGAAGAUCUGAUUCAGCAUUUGCAAAUCUCUGAUAAGCCAGAUGAGAUAAGCAAUGACGGGCCAAAUGAGUUAAGCUCUGAUAAGCCAAACCAACUUGACGAGGAAAGCCAGCUUAAUACAGCAUUAAAUCUAUCUGAAACUCAGGAAACAGAAUUAGAUGUUCAUGUGUGUGCCGUGUGUGAAAAUCCAUGUUUUUCGAUUAUCCAGUGUUCUACUUGUGCACAGUACAUACAUGAGCUGUGUUCAAAGGGAACCAUACCUGAUACUACCACUUGUCACCUGUGUUCAAACGAAGAGGUAAUCAGAAAUGAGAGAAGGCAUGCAUCAGACUCAAUGACAAAACAAGCUGUCAGGAUGAGAAAUCUAUCGGAAAGAGUUUUAACAGAGGUGGAUGUUGGUGCAAAUGUAUUAGUUGCAAUUCCACAUGUGGAUCGAAGGAAAGGAGACCCGCGUAACCUUAUGGCUGUUGUUACUGGAAAGGAAGAGCAUGGUUAUAAACUAGGAAUUAAAGAUGGAAUAUUACGUGGACUUUACACCAGGAAUCAGUUUGAACUAUCUGACAGUAAUUUUAUUGCUAUUCAUUGUGUAAAUUAUGAUAAUGAAAUAUCCUUUAGAAAAGCUGUCAGUAAAGUUUCUUUGUGUGAUGGUCAGGGUUACACAAAAUGUGGCUGUAGUGCUAGUGGUAAGACUAGAUGUAACACUAAACGUUGCCUUUGCAAAAAGUCAGGACAAAUGUGUAACAGUCGCUGUCAUCCAAACAUUACAUGUAGCAACAAAUAAUUGUCAUCUUCAGUGUUUAUGUAAAUGAUUGGU